GGCAGUACACUGCGCCCUGUAUAAGGAGGCAAACCCAAGCAGCAGCCAGACACCGGGGGAGCUGCGCUGAGGAGCAUCGUUACCGAUGGACGGGAUAGUGAACCGCAGCGCACAGGAUCCCGAGAAUUAUUACCAACUGCUGGGCUGCGAUGAGCUCUCCACGACAGAGCAGAUCGUUGCAGAGUUUAAAGCAAAGGCACUGACCUGCCAUCCUGACAAGCACCCACACAACCCGAAAGCAGUGGAGCAAUUUCAGAAACUGCAGCAAGCGAAAGAGACCUUGACCAAUGAAGAGAGGCGCUCCUGUUAUGACCAAUGGUGUCGCAGCAGGAUAGUGAUUCCAUUUCAGCAGUGGGAGGCACUGAGUGACACUGUUAAAAUGGUGGGUAGCUUAUGGGACUAA